UAUGUUUCAAAACAUAUUUAAUAGUAUAAAUAGUUGCUGUCAUACAUCAUGUGUGAAUAAUGGGUUUCGUUUUCUUUCUUUACAUUGCUGGCCCAACAGAGCAAAAUAUUUUGCUUAUGAGACACAAAUAGAAUCAAGGGGUUAAAAUUACACAUGCAUCUUUUAAAAAGAGGAAGAUAAGUCCUUGAUAAGAUUGUAGACAGUAAGGCAAAGUAUUUCACCUCACACAGCAUGGCUGGCACUAUGGCAUUCAGAAUGCAAUUUUGCAGUGACUUUCAAGCAUUUAUCUGAAAGGGCCAGCCCCUUAUUUACAUGUUUAAUAUAAAUACGUAUGCCUCUGCACCACAGUUGGCCUCAUGGCUUUCAGCCAAUCAAAGCAUCCCUUGGAAUAGAGAGGGAAACAUAGUGACAGGAGAUAUGGGCCAGGUUUUAGGACCAAAACAAAAAAGGAUAAGAGUUGGGAAGGUGAUUUCCUGGAAAAAGAACACUGAAGGACUGGCAAUGUGAAUUAUGCAUGCUAUGCAGUGGGAUGGAAUGAUCUAUCAAUUUUGGUUCUCUCCAUUUCUAAAUUCAGUUAUUCACAUCUUGCAGCAAUUUGCCUUUUUUGAAAUUUCAUGAAAAUUCAAUAGAAUUUUAGUGUGAAUUUGUACUAAACACACACACACACACACACACACACAGAGAGAGAGAGAGAGAGAGAGAGUGUUUUGAGUAACAUACAUGUACACAUUUUGCAAACAUUUCCCCCUGAUACAAUGCAUUUUUGUAUGCUGUUUUCACUAAUAUCUUCAUUUUAUACAUGAUUUCCCUUAAUAUAUGCAUUUUUGUAAACAUUGGCUGGUUGGAGAACUGCAUUGCAAAAUUUGGAUCAGUAUGAAUUUUAAGGGAUAGCUAUGUUUUGGUUCCCAUAUUACAGUAUUUCAGAAAAUGUGAAUUGGAUGGAUUUGGCCCCAAAUGUGAACAGAAUCCAGCUUUUCCUCUAUUCCUAGCUAUGCAUUACAGUAUAAAUGUCUUUGGGUUUGCAGCUUUCAUACUAAAGAAUAUGCAGUGAUACCCGUAUACCUUACAGUAAUCUGCCGUCAAUAGAUAAAUCAAGUAUAUUUGACCAAGCUGCAGAGCCUCUUUCCCUCUCUUGCCCCUGCCAUUGGUUUUGCCUGCACAGUACUGUAUUAUAAGGAACCACAGCAGCUUGUGAGCAUGAAAUCUGUUGGGAGCAGGUGAUGUUUCCAGGGUUGCAUUGGAGAGGUUGUGGCCUGGCAGACCCAGCAACUGAGGAAAAUAUGAAGGCACCUUAUACUUGAUUGGUUCGUCUAGCCCAGAUGCUGACUAGCAGUGACUCUCCAGAGUGUCAGGCAGGAGUCUCUCCCAGUCCCAGCCCUGCCUGGAGAUUCCAGGAAUUGAACCAGAAACCUUUUGCAUAUAAAGCAUGUUCUCUACCACUGAGCUACAGCCCAGCUCGCCGCCUUUCAGCUUGCUUACCAUCAGGUCCAAUAUAUAUUUCAGUAUGCUGAUAUGUCCAGAACACUCUUAAUAGCAUGAGAAAGUUAAUGGGUGCUGGGAAUUGCAAGUCAGGCCCUGACCUGUGUUUCCACCCAAGUCCUGUGGGUUAGUGUCAGGACUCUUUUUCUCUGCACAUGUAGGCUGACCAGGGAAGAGGCUCUCACCAUGUCAUUAAUGCCCUUUGCUUUUUGAUGCACCCAGGUCCGGCACAGGUUCUAUUUAUAUGAAACAUGGCUUCCAAGCAAGCUUGAGUUACAAAUUUCUUCUUUCAGGUUAGGAAGAUUCUAGCCUAUGUUGCCAUAUAAGGAGUAGCAGUGAUGGGCAAAGAUGCUGGUAAGAUGUGACAGCAAGCGAUGCCCAAGUGAAGGCUUGAAUAUCCUGUUACAGAUUCUGGGCUUAGCUCUGGAACUGAAAGCAUGAACCUGGGGUGAUCCUUUCUGAGCUCUGGCUCAAAUUCAGCACUCAAAUAGUAAUAGAUGAGGAGGAGCUGGUCAGUUCAGAGUGCUGGCUUUGUGUGCUGGGGUUUCCCAGAAAUGAUGAAUCAGUGAAAGGCUCCUUUACUGUAAAUUAAAGCCUAGCUGAGUUCACUGUCCAGUUUUAGAAUGACACUAUAAUUUUAUUUUAACAGGAAGUCUAAGCCACUUCCACAUAAUGAGAGGACAGCCAUUUUUUCUAGUUCUAAGAUAAGGUGAUAGUUUGGUUGAUACAUGGUGAUGACCAGUGUGAUAGGGCAGAGUGCAGUGAAAUGGCUUCCAGUGCUGACCAGUAACAAAGGGAGAAGUGUAUACUACCCGUAUAUUCCGGUGUAUAAGACGACUGGGCGUAUAAGACGACCCCCAACUUUUCCAGUUAAAAUAUAGAGUUUGGGAUAUACUCACUGUAUAAGAAAUACGACACAGCGUAUAAGACGACCCCUGACUUUUGAGAAGAUUUUCCUGGGUUAAAAAGUAGUCUUAUACGCAGGAAUAUACUGUAUAUUGGUGGUUGUUGCUGAUAUGCAGGAGUAGUGUGGAUACUGCUAAGGAAUGGCCAGGAGCACUUUGUGUGACCCAACAAUGUCUGUCCAUGCCUGUGCAUUGCUUGCACAGUAUUUCCUGGACUGAAGUAUGCUAUACUCUGCUGCCUUUCAGUGACCACCAAUACAGAUCUGGAGCCCUCACCCCUAGUGGUCAGUGCUCUGUAUCAGUGACCAUGCAGUGCACUCAUUCCCACCUUGUUUUCACUUCUGAUAUACUAAUUGCAUUCCAGUCUUGCAUCUCAGACUGAUACUUCCUAGUGAUAAAGGAUCCCCCCCCCCUAAUUUUGCUGGAGUAGAGAGGGUUGCAAAAUCAUUUCUGGCAAAUGUUAUUCCGCUUGGACUUAAAUCAACAUGCCUUGGUUUUUGUUGUUGUUUUUUUGCUGUAAAAGAGGCUUUGAUUUUGUUAGAAAUUCCUUUCUUAUCUUAGCGAAUGCUUGUGGAAUGGCAUUCAAGCAGAACACACUGACAAUUCUUUCAAGCUCUGAAAGUAGGUUUAAAGAAGAACAUACACAGCUCACGUGUUUUCUUAAGUUUGAAAACUCACCAAAAAUUUUUUAAGGGUGCGUAGUUUAAAACACUGAGGCAUAUGCUAUGUUUAUGAUGUAGCUUGCUUUGUUUGUUCGCUUGAUAUAAAUAUGGUUUGCUUAAUCUGUAAGGAGUCUUUCUAUGUAUUGCAAUAUUUAGUUCGCAUAAUGAUUGAAAUAUAUCAAUGCCCAAUGGGUAAAUGUGUCAUUUAGAAGCAGCUGCCAAGGUUUCUCCCCGCUGCUCCAAUUAACACAUUCAGUACAUGCUUGCCAGUGAGUGGUCUGUGUAUACGGAUUAAACCACUUUUCUGUUUGUUCAGGCUGCAUUGUAUGGUAUUCAGAAACGAUGCGUUCAUUGUUUAUUGUUCUGCAAACCAAAGAAGAGAAGAGGAGAGAGAAAAAUCAAGCGGCAUUUGAAGGUGUGUAACUGCAAAUAACAAGGUAGUAAAUACUAGGUUGCAGAAAACCUCUUCUACUUUCAGAUGUGGUUCAGUCCAUUGAGUAACGUUUAUCUCCGCCCCUCUGUCCCCUCUUCAAAUGAUGGAGACACAGAAUAGUGAAAUUCUAGUGCUGGGAUUCCUCUUGCUGUCAGGGAGGUCUUUUGAACUUUGUUCUGUUUAUUUAUUAGAGCGUGUUUGACACGAAGAGCAUAGCUUUUCAGCUGAUGGUUUUCUCUUUUUAAAUAUUUGUUUUCAGACUGAAAUGGUCUCUUCGGUUCUUUCUGUUCAGUAUCUGGCAAAGGUAACGCAGCGAGUGUCCUUUAUUGUAAGAGCUUAAACAGAUUUUUGAAUGGUGCCAAGCUGGCUGGUCAAAGGGGCCAGUUCUCCUGUAUUUGCUGCUCAUUCAUGCUCAGGCUGCUUUUUGUGAAGUGCGGCUGUUGGCCAAAACCAACAAAGGGUACACAGACCUGAUAUUGUGGGCUGCUGAAUGAGAUGGAGCGUUUCUUGGGCUUUGUCAAGCAGAUAAGAAGAUCGAGGAGGAGAAAAGGCAAAAAGUACCGGCCAGAGGAGGAUUAUCAUGAGGGUUAUGAGGAUGUCUAUUAUUAUGCCUCGGAACACUUUCCAAAUGAGAGUCCAUACACUAAAUCUACAAACCAGACAAAACCACCCGAAGGAGCAUUGGCUGUAAGGAGGCAGAGUAUCCCAGAGGAAUUCAAGGGCUCAACACUAGUUGAAUUAAUGAAGAAAGAAGGCACAACUUUGGGGCUUACAGUAUCUGGUGGAAUUGACAAGGAUGGUAAACCAAGAGUGUCCAACCUUCGUCAAGGAGGAAUUGCCGCUCGGAGUGACCAACUGGAUGUGGGAGACUACAUCAAAUCUGUGAAUGGAAUCAACCUGACAAAGUUCCGCCAUGAUGAGAUCAUCAGUUUGCUUAAAAACGUUGGCGAGCGAGUUGUAUUAGAAGUGGAGUACGAGCUACCGCCAGUCUCUGUACAAGGUUCAGGUCUCAUUUUUAGAACUGUGGAAGUUACUUUACAUAAAGAAGGGAACACUUUUGGGUUUGUAAUAAGAGGUGGAGCACAUGAUGACAGAAAUAAAUCUCGUCCUGUUGUAAUAACAUGUGUUAGACCUGGAGGACCUGCUGACAGGGAGGGGACAAUAAAGCCUGGUGACAGGUUGCUUAGCGUUGAUGGAAUUCGUCUGGUCGGGACAUCACACAGUGAAGCCAUGAGUAUUCUCAAACAAUGUGGGCAAGAAGCAACUCUGCUGAUAGAAUAUGAUGUCUCGGUUAUGGAUUCGGUAGCAACAGCUUCUGGGCCACUGCUUGUCGAAGUGGCCAAAACUGCUGGUUCAGCUCUGGGAGUUGCACUAUCUACCUCGAUGUGCUGUAGCAAACAAGUGAUCAUCAUAGACAAAAUAAAAUCUGCAAGUAUUGCAGACAGAUGUGGCGCAUUACAUGUAGGAGAUCAUAUUCUCUCCAUUGAUGGCACCAGCAUGGAAUACUGUACAUUGGCAGAAGCGACACAGUUCUUGGCUAAUACUUCUGACAAUGUCAAACUAGAGAUCCUUCCUCAUCAUCAGACAAGGCUGGCUCUUAAAGGACCAGAACACGCGAAGGUUCAAAGGAGCAACAGGCAACUUACAUGGAAUCCCUAUGCCAACAGCCACAGCAGCACUCUCACCUAUCACCAUUAUAAUACCUACCACCCUGGCCAUUCCAGGAUGCCAGCUUUGAAAUGCCAGAAAACAUCACCUCCAAAAAGCCUUCCACUCGUAUCUUCGUCCUUCUCUCCGGCCUCCAUGAGCGCAUACAGUCUGAGUUCCCUGAACAUGGGGACUUUACCUCGCAGUCUCUAUUCUACCAGUCCACGUGGCACCAUGAUGAGAAGAAGGAUGAAAAAGAAGGACUUCAAAAGCUCGUUGUCACUAGCUUCUAGCACUGUUGGCCUGGCUGGGCAGGUUGUCCACACAGAAACUACAGAAGUAGUACUGUCAGCUGACCCCAUUGUCGGAUUUGGAAUACAGCUCCAGGGCAGUGUGUUUGCUACGGAGACCAUGUCAUCUCCACCUCUGAUCUCCUAUAUUGAGGCUGACAGUCCAGCAGAAAGGUGUGGCACCCUACAAAUAGGAGACAGAGUACUGGCUAUAAAUGGGAUCCCAACAGAAGACAGCACAUUUGAUGAAGCUAAUCAACUUCUUAGAGACUCGUCUAUCACCAGCAAGGUCACUUUGGAAAUAGAAUUUGAUGUUGCAGAAUCUGUUAUACCAAGUAGUGGCACUUUUCAUGUAAAACUACCAAAGAAGCAUAACGUAGAGCUUGGCAUCACCAUAAGCUCUCCAUCUAGUCGAAAACCAGGAGACCCUCUUGUUAUUUCAGAUAUUAAGAAGGGAAGUGUUGCUCACAGAACUGGAACAUUAGAACUAGGUGAUAAAUUGCUUGCCAUAGAUAAUAUUCGACUAGACAACUGUUCCAUGGAAGAUGCAGUUCAAAUCCUGCAGCAUUGCGAGGACCUUGUAAAGCUCAAGAUUCGCAAAGAUGAAGAUAACUCUGAGACCAAUUGCAUCCUCUUGGCAUGUAUUGCAGAUGAACAAGAGAGCUCAGGAGCAAUUAUUUAUACUGUCGAGCUCAAGCGCUACGGAGGACCUCUUGGGAUCACUAUUUCUGGUACUGAAGAGCCCUUUGAUCCUAUUAUCAUUUCAAGUCUUACUAAAGGUGGACUAGCUGAGAGGACAGGUGCAAUUCAUAUCGGAGACCGAAUCUUAGCAAUAAAUAGCAGCAGCCUGAAAGGAAAACCUUUGAGCGAAGCCAUACAUUUGUUACAAAUGGCAGGAGAAACAGUCACCUUGAAAAUCAAAAAGCAGACAGAUGCAUCAAGUCCCAAGAAAUUUCCGGCCUCGGGUCACCUAAAUGAAUUGAGUGAUGCUGAAGAUGACACAGCCACCACACAGAAACCAGGCAAACUGUCGGAAAUAUACUCCACUACCGUCCCAAGCGUAGAUAGUGCUGUGGAAUCAUGGGAUGGCUCUGGAAUGGAUAACAGCUAUGGAAGUCAAGGUCCCAAUUAUCAGGCUUCAGGAUACAACUUCAACACAUUUGAAUGGAGGAGUCCAAAACAAAGGAGCAGUUUAUCCCCUCCCAACAGGCCCCGAACCAACCCCUUCCACAACACAGGGCUAAGUGAUGAUGAAUGGGACAAACCAGUCGCAAGCAGCUUUGCAGGUGCCCCCGAGACUGACCAGGAGGAAAAUUUCUGGUCUCAAGCACUGGAGGACUUGGAGACUUGUGGACAGUCAGGAAUUCUGAGGGAAUUAGAGGACAAGGCUGACAGGCGUCUGUGUUUGAGAAACAUGACUCUCUUGGCAACCAUUAUGUCAGGGAGCACCAUGAGUCUGAACCAUGACAACCCACAGCAUCGCAGCCACCUGGGAAGACAAGCCAGCUUCCAGGAACGAAGCACUUCGAGGCCUCAUUACAGCCAGACGACCCGUAGCAAUACGUUGCCUUCAGACGUGGGAAGAAAGUCUGUAGCUUUGCGGAAGAUGAAGCAAGAGAUGAAAGAAAUUAUGUCACCAACUCCUGUGGAGUUACACAAGGUAACUUUGUACAAGGAUUCAGAUAUGGAGGACUUUGGGUUCAGUGUCUCUGAUGCCUUAUUGGAAAAAGGCGUGUAUGUUAAAAAUAUUCGGCCAGCUGGACCUGGAGAUGUGGGAGGGUUGAAGCCAUAUGACAGACUGCUCCAGGUAAACCAUGUGCGCACAAGAGACUUUGACUGCUGUCUGGUUGUGCCCCUUAUAGCAGAGUCUGGUAACAAAUUGGAACUUGUUAUUAGUCGGAACCCUCUAGCUUCUCAAAAGGUGAGCUCAGAACAACAGACUUUCCCGGCUGGGGAAUGGAGCGAACAAAACAAUGCCUUCCUUCAACAAAGUGUACACAGCACUGGUUCAGAGAUGAAACGGGAGCCUAUGAACACUUUGUAGCCAAAAAAAACACCUGUAUUUAGUGCAAAACAUUUAAAUGGUGCUAAUCCUUUUCAGGUUUCUGUUACACUGAAGAUGUAGCUGUCAUGAGGCAUUAAGAAGCACAGAGGGGGGGCGGGCUUAUAAUUUGCUACUUGCUUCCAACGCUGAGGGUUUUUUUUGCUCUGCUCUCGUUUUUUAUCACCCAUGUGUAGUGCCAUUUCAACCUGACCCUUAGUAACAAGAGAAAUGAAUGGUGAAAAUGGCUGUAAAUCCUAUCAUGGCAGAUUAGUGAAAGAUUUAAGUAAAAAGAUUUGGGGGGGGGGAACCCAUCCAUGUAAAUAAUUACAACAGAGGAUCUGAUUUUCAGAACAUUGCAACUUACUCAAAUACCAGCUGGUUAACUAAGUGAAGGAAUCACAGGCUAUCGCUGCUGGACCCAGAUCACUGUAUCAUUGUAGUUGUUUUUUAAAUGAACUACUGUAUAUAGUUCUGUUGCUUCUGCGGUAAUGAAAAGGGGGGGGGGUUAAAACUACUAUGUGGUUUUACAACUAUUUUAGCAAAAAUUGCACACGGGAAUCUGAAGUGCAAAGGGGUGGAACUUUUACUGGCCCAGCUGUAGUAUGGUUUUAUUAAGAGUUAUAUUAUACCCUAUGCAAUGAUGUACUAAACAGGAUAUGUCUUGCACCCUGUAUGGACUUCUAACUUUUAGGUAUUUGGAACUUCUGAUAAAUUACUGUUUUUCUUAAAAAAAAAUUAAACAAGACAAGUUUUAGCGAAAUU